AUGGAUAUCAUGGAUGCACCAGAAGAAACGCUCAGAAAUGUUAAUGAGGGCAUGCAGCAAGUCAUGUCCCUUGUGGCCGAUGAGCUCAUGUUCAUCUUUUUCCCUGAAGAGUAUGCCCAAAACAAUCCAGACUACUGGACAUUCGAUGACAGAUCACUUUUGGAUGGUCGAUCGAUGGCAUCGUCUUACUACACUCGCGACGAGACAAUCUCAACUUUGAGUAACAGAGGUUGGAAGAAAGUUGUCGGGGAUCGUGGUCCCGGAAAGAAAAACAAAGGAAAACGAGAGGCACGAGAAGGAUCCGUGGCCUCCAAAACUCAAACUUCUGACCAGCGCCAGGAUGUUAGUGAAGUGGGAGGCAGCGAUAAAAUUGAUGAGAACGAUGUCAUGAAUCUUUUCAUGUCCGAGACAGAAGACGUUGAGAGUCCUCCAGAAGAAGAAAGACGCGAGGAUGCUAGCUUGACCAACUCGCAACCACGCAUGGAGCCCGAAGAAAUUGUUGACAUCCGUCAAAUUAGCUCUGGCACUAGCGCUAACGCAAUUGAUCUUUGCGAUGCUGAAGAAGUGGAUGGAGUCGUCGUUACCAGCGCUGAUGGCGAAAAUGAGGAACUCGCCGCCAACCUCGGCGAAUCAACACUUCAGCGUCUCCAACGUCUUCGAGCCAAGCGUGAGGAGCUUAGACAGGAGCGAGAACGAUAUGAAUCUGGUAUUCCAUUCAAUCAUGAGCCGCAAGACGACGAGCCUGAAGAUGCGCGACCUGAACCACAAGGAGACUACGAAGUAGACGAAAUGAACCAGAGAAUGAACGCAAUCAUUUCCAGAGAUCUCCAGCAUGAGCCGGUUCACGUGCAAUCCGAGGCCAACAUCAUUGAUCAGCAACGUGAGCAAAUUCAAGCCAAAGUUCAACAGUUGUCGAAAGUCUUGGACCAAAUCAUGAUCAAGAAGUUGAACGGGGAGUUCCCUGAUGAUCCAUCAACAAGGGCAAUGGAAGCAGAAAUUCGUGCUAACCUGCUUGAGUUCCAAAGAUGGUGGCAGCCAUCCCAGUCUGACAACAAUAUUCGAAUUGCACCGACACCUGAAUUUCAGAGGCAGUGGUAG